GCUUCUCUUUCGGUACUACACCGUUUUCCCUCCGACGCUUAAUGGAACCUUUCUCUUUGUUCCGGCCUCACUGGAGCAAACAUGGCGGCAGAGGGAGACGUCGAUUUGGACCUGGAAGCCGACGAAAACUGCACGGGAAAACCGGCAGAAAAGCCUCGGAAACAUGACAGCGGAGCCGCUGACUUGGAGAGAGUCACGGACUACGCGGAGGAGAAGGAAAUCUCCAGCUCUGACUUAGAAACGGCGAUGUCGGUGAUUGGAGACAGAAGGUCACGAGAACAGAAAGCCAAACAAGAGAGAGAAAAAGAGUUGGCCAAAGUCACCAUCAAGAAAGAGGAUGUGGAACUAAUUAUGUCAGAGAUGGAGAUUUCGAGGUCCGUGGCGGAGCGCAGUCUGAGGGAACACAUGGGGAACGUGGUGGAGGCUCUGGUGGCUCUGACCAACUGAACAAACAGCAUCCACACACUGGAACACUGGACUGCUGCAAUUUGGUUUUUCACCAGAGCUCAUCAAGACAAUGAGGCUGAACUGAACUCAGCGGUUAAACUGUCAUGGUUUUCAUCUUUUUUUCUUUUUUUUUAAAUAAAAGUUGCCCUGCCUUCAUUUGGUGCCAGUGA